AAAAAUUGUAAAAAACACAAGUUGAAAAAUUAUCAAAAAUCAAAACAAAUUCUUGGCAUUUCCAUUGGAAUAUUCCAGUGACUGGCAUGCAAGUUUUGGGAAAGUGAACGACAGCAUUUUCGCGUUUUCCACCAUGUGAUUCGCGUGAUUUCGCGUGUGUAUGGUAUAUAUUUUGGUGAAGAACUCUUAAUAGAAAUGCAAAUUUUGUGAGAAUAAACUGCAGAAAAAUAAGGAAUUGUGUAUAUAAUAAGUUUAUGUUUCAAUAGAGAAGGAAAAGUGCAUAAAUAGUGUUGUAGAAAAGUGUAUCAAAAGAGGACACGUUUUAACUUUCAUCUGUACACCAAGAGGGAACGUGUGUGUUUGCAAUUUGGGAAAUUUUGUGCGAAUUACAAGAACCGGAAACAAUGCAGGAGGAUCAGAUAAUUGAGGUGGAGGUUGUAUCAAUUGAUCCGGACUUUGAUUUUGGCUCUCCUGGACGCGAAGAUGUCCAUGAGACAUUUUACGAGGAGGAGGAGGAUGAUCCCAAUGUAGAGGUUAUGAAUAUUUUAGCACAAGUGAAUGAGUCCAUUCAAGAGGAAAAUGCUCGUAUUGAGAGGAGUCUCGUGGAAAAUGCUUCAUCACCACAGAAGCGUGUUCACAAGAAAUCUUUCUCUCUUCCGGCAUCGCCCACAUUUGUCCUUCCCGAUGACAUGAAUCUAAGUAUCAGUCUCGAUGAUAUCAAUAUCGAUGGUGAUCUGGACACUUCGCUUAAUGAGAAAGCAGAUGAUUUCAAUUUGCUUGAAUGGGUGCAGGAGGAUGAAGAGAAGAAGAUACGUAAGACAAAGAAGACGAAGCACAGCAGAGGGAAAGAUCUAAAUCUAAUGCGAGCUGAACUUGAGAAGGAAUCCAAGAAGGAUACAAAAAAGGAAUCCAAGAAAUCUAAGACAUCUUCUAGCAAAAAAUCACAGUUGCGUCCACGGAAGAAAGCCCAACAAGAGACUGAGAGUGAGGAGAAUGUAGAUAUAAUUACCGUGUCUCCGAAUGCUAAGCAUCGGAUUCAAAGUGAUCCUACGUGGUGUCCGUCACGGAGUACAGCCACAAAGGCACCUCCAAAGGCUACGGGGGAGAAAGUUAGGCAAAAUCGUGGAAAGAAUGAUUUAAAUUCAAUGAAAAUGAAAUUUCUAGCUGCUAAUCCCAUUCCAACCGGGUUCAAGAAGCGCAAGCAGCCUCAGCAAUCAGUCAAGAGGCCACUCGAAAUGGAUGAUCAUGACUACUGUACACCAAGAAGACGACAAAUUGCAGCGUCAAAAGUGAGUCAGGAUGAGAAAUGUCAUCGUAAUGUACUGGAGAUUCUGGAGGAGAAGAAACCACCAGGGGCUAUUGAUCGGUCAUGGAGAAUGGGAAAUGGUGAUAUGAUGACAUAUGUGGUAAAGGAGGAAAUUGUCGAGACAGAAAAUACUCAAAAGAGCACAAAAAGUCAAGAUGUUGGGCAUUCACUAGGAGCUGGCAAGAGUUUGCUCAAACCACUCAAUCAGAGAAUUGAGAAGCCACCGGAGUCUGUCAAGAAUAUGGAGAAUCCUAUAAAUUCUCUAAGAUCCAUACGGAAGGAGUUGCAAAAACAACCACCAUCAGAAGAUUCUAAACCAUCUGUAACCUAUCGUGAUCCCAUUCUUGUGGCCAAGGAGAAAGCCUUGAGGAUACGUGAGAAGAAACGGGCAGCAGCUCUUAAGUUGAUGGAUGAAGAAGUAAAAGUGAAAUCUGUUCCUCUCAUGCCCAUUCUUCCGCUCGCUGAGAUGACGGGAAUGAGGCUUCAUGAGGAUACAGAGAAGUCUCAGCAAUUGCAGACCCAGGAACUCAAAACAACUCACUUGGCCAAUGAAUAUGAGGAAAUUGUGAUUGUGUCAAUUGGGUGCAAUACUGAAAUAAGUAUUCCACCAGAGACUGAAUCAGCUAGUAAUCUUUUGCAUCAAUCCUCCCUCUUUUCCAAUAUCACUGAGACAAUAAUCAAGACAACGCCAAUUUCUAGUAAUUCACUCCUAUUCAGCAUACAAGAUAUGAUGAUGAAGAAGAGAAAUCCUGGUAUAACAUCGCCAAGAUGUGCUGUCUCACCGCCAAAUGGAGCCUCACCGGAUAAGCCUGAAGGGGCCAAUGGUACCCCAGCACCAUCUAUUGUGCCUGCGAAGGAACAUGGCGAGGAUAAAGUGAUAAUGCAUCUGAGGAAAGAUCGUAUACGACCUACAACAGUUACAAUUUCUAUUCAGACUGAACGACAUGGGGAAUUUUCGCCAAUUCUUAGCCGAAAACAUGGUCAACGGCGACGUUCUCUAUCCACAGACUCCUCAUCAUCAUCUACCUCAUCAUCCUCCUCCUCUUCAUCCACCUCAACAUCCUCCACCAACACGGAGCGAUCAUACAAGUUCAGCAGUCACAGGCGUCGGCAUUACCGUUCCAGAUCACGAUCCCGGACAACAAGACGAUCGUACAGGAGUCCAUCGGGCAGUAGUCGAUCGCCAUCACCAUGCUCGAAGAGAUCCCGAUCUCGAGAUCCACGAUCGCGAUCAAGAGAUACAAGAUCACGAUCGUACGAUCGGAGAUCGCGAUCUCAUGAGAGGAGAUCAAGAUCACGAGACUGUCGAAUGUCCCAGAGAUCGAGAAAUCCGAGAAAAACGUCUCCAGAAGAGAGACGCAUCGUGUAUGUGGGAAAGCUCGAAGAGGAUCUCACAAAAGAUGAUCUCAAGAGAAAGUUCCAGUCUUAUGGGCCAAUAACAAAAGUCACAUUGCACUUCAAAGAAGUCACAAGAAUGAGAUAUGGCUUUGUGACCUUCGAGAGAGCCAGGGAUGCUUAUGAAGCAAUAGAUAAUGGUCCAAAGAAUCCCAAUUUGAAUUGCUACGAUAUCAGUUUUGGCGGAAGAAGAGCAUUCUGUCGGUCUUCAUAUUCAGAUUUAGACAAUGUCGCUGGGGGAUUCUAUGGCUCGAGAGAUUAUUACAGACUACCAAUGGAUGUACCAGGACCAUCUGUAUCGGGACGCUCAAUGAGCAAUGCAUAUGAAAGCUUUGAUGCUUUGCUCCAGUCUUUUACUAAAAGAAAAAUCAAACCUUGACUAAUGUACUUGUGGCUCUGGCCAAUUUUCCUCUUAGUUUCUUAUUAACUAUGUUCAUCCUUAUCGUGCUCAGGCAAAGGAAUUUCUAUUGAAAGUUCUUUAUAUACUGCCUUUGUUACCAGAAAAUACAACAUGCAAUAGUGUUCCAAUUUUUUUCCUUCAAUCUAUACUCAAAACAAAUUAUUCCUAUCCACCGAUAAUGUUGGAGAAUAUUUUAACCAAGAAGGAAUUCAUCUUAAACAUGAUAGUCAUGAAUAGACGAAUAGUUACAGAUAAAAGUUUACUCUGUGAUUGUAGAGAGAUAUCUUAUUAUUAGAUAGAAAUUUGAUGGCUUAUUCUGAACAAUUUCGAACUUUAAGAGUAAUAAAGAAUACAAAAUGGUCUUCAGAAGAA